AUGCACGCAGCAUUUCCAAGUCGUAACGUCCGCAGUGAGUGCGAGAUGGACUGGUGACACUAGCGUCGCUCACGGCUGGCCCUGACCCCAACCCGCAGCAUUCACUCACGCCUUGUCGUGUUUGUUGCGCUUCAGCGACAGGCUGAAUGUACAAUGUAUGCGCGACCUCGAGAAUGACUCACUCAAGGUGAGCGUUACAGUCUGAGCCAUCGAUCGGGCAAGCUGCUGAAUGACCAUUCGCCCUUUUCCAUCCAAAGUUGCGACUCUCUGCGAUCAACUCCACUCAAUCAGGAUUUUGCGCUUUCGAAUUUUACGACUACUUCUUCGAAGUUCUGCGAACGGACCUGGACCAGAAGAUCGACUGCGAGACUGGCAUCCGAGUGAGUUAUGGUGUUUGGCGUUGAUCAUUGCGCAGCAUGCUCACGUGUCGUGCUCUCUUGAGCCAGCCGAUCCUUUCUGUCCUGCGAACUGGAAACAACAAGACACUCGAUAGAUGCGAGAUUAGCAUCUUUGACCACGAGGACGAAAGUCGCGUCGCCGUACGCCUUCACAGCAAAGGGGGUGAGCGAGUGUGAGCGUCGAAGCAGCUUCCCUGAGCCCGGGCUUACGACGUCUUCUGCAUGCGUGCACAGGCAUCGUGAAGACUCACAAGCUCACUUAUGCUGCAGUGCCAGGUCUCUGGCCAAAUGUCCCACCAAAUGCGCCAUGCCAGCUAUCGAUUGGUCCCAAAGUUGUACACGACUUCCUCGACCAUUUUGGCAACAAGAACGGUGGUGAGGUGACGUUCUGGUGUGGUCCACGAUUCUUCAUGGUGCGCAGUAGGGCGGAUGACACGCUCGAUAAGAGUGAGCCUCUUCUCAUGACCUUGUAGACGCCUCAUCUCAGCGUGGCUCACGACAAUUUGCGCACGACCAGAUCAAUUCAGACGCGCAAUCGCCACCCAAGUCACAGUUCAAUUAGAUGCCUUUGAGGCGUUUACGAUGGUAAAAGAAGUCUGCCUUACUUUUCCGCUGAAGGAAUUCAAGGUACGUGACUCUAGGACUGCACUCUCUCAUGCGCAUGGUUGCUAAUCAGCGACUGUUGUUCUUGUUGCAGGCUGCUAUUGCAGCAAGCGAGCAUUUGGGUGUGAAUCUGGAACUCAAGUUCGGCGAAGGAGGCGAGCCAUUGCACAUUCGUUGCCAGCUUGAAGCGCUGCACGCCGACUUUGUUCUCGCUACAACACCAGGAGAAGUUCCAUCUGAUGCAGCUAGUGCUGCACAGGCUCGACGCGCAGCCGCGCAAUCAGGACCAUCGAGUGCUGCGAACCCAGCGGCCGAGGCAGCUAGCCGAGCGAUCGACUCGUCUCGGCCGCAAGGCUCUUCGCGACGUCCGACUCUGCAAAAUGGGGAGUCCCAGCCGAAUGCCAGCGCCAUGGACUCAGCCCGACCACCCAGAAUGCAGGAGUCUACGCCCAGAGUAGGCGUGGCUCUCGCGCGCCACAACACUGACAUUCCUCUCUUUCGAGGAUCUCAAGCGUCAGAUGGACAAGCCUUGCAUGAAGAUCGAGGAUUCGAAGAAGCUGGAGGUCGCGACGAGGAGGAUCUAGCAGCCUUGGAAGAGGUCGAGCAGAGCGUCCAAAGAGGCGAUAUACGACUUCGCAGCAGCCAAGCUCCCAGCGCUCUUGAGCACCAGGCUGACGCCGCCGUCCGUGCCCAAGCGAGCCUACAUCACGUCGAGAAGGAGCAAGGAUCACCUUCCUCCCGUGUGCCGCAGUCUGCGCAAGACGAGACGCCGCCUAGCGUCAAACUGUACACCUCCAGUAACAUCAGCGUUGGCAACAGGAUCAAUCCCGCGUCUUCUGUCAACGGACACGAGGUGCCUAGAGCGCUGGCAAAUACGCGCUCUCAAUCCUUGCGACACAUUCAUCUUCCGUCAUCUGGCCACGAGGAAGGGGAUGAGUCCGUUCCACCACCUCAUGGGCCCGUCGGUACUGGGCACUUUGCUUCCCAGCCUGUUGCUGCCACCACUCGUGGACGGAGCAAUCUCAACUCAUCAGCAAGAAUAGGGAUGCAUCUCUCGGGCGCUCGUUUGCCUGCCGCCAAAUCGUGGCAAGAUGCACUCGAGAACGCAAGCCAGAUGGUCGUCGACGAUGAUGAGGGUACACAAGCGGACGAGGACGCCGCCCGCCAACGCGCACUCGAGGGCACGGACGCUCAGCUGCCAGAUGAGGAUGAGCUGGGCGCUAGCGACGAAGACGUAGAGAAGAGCACUGGACCUAGAGUGAGUGUGAAUGCGUGUCAAGAAGGAUAUGGUGAUACGUGUGGCUAAACCAUCGUGGACCCCAGUUCGAACCGUUGUUUUGA